AUGCUUCUGGCAGCCGAUCCGAAUGCAGCCAUUGACAUUGAUAAGCUGGUCAGUCCGCCCGUCGCCCGGCUCGUUUUUAUCCGAUAUUCAGGUCGGAUGGCUCCUCGCUCAGGCCGAGCAAACGAAUGCGAACGGAUGUCCGGACAGCUUCUGUUUGAUCGAUGUGAACGACCACGACGUCUACAUGAGUUCCCAUUUGGCCGAUGGUUUCCUCCCAUUCCUCUUCCCACCAUUUACCCAUUUUCCUUCAGCCUAUCAUUAUGAUCGAAUUAUGCUUGCCCGUCUCAUUUACGAAACUCCGAUUCUGGCUCAAGCUCGCGCGGAAGGGCACCUUCUGGUUGUCUAUGGAAGGGAGGCCGAACGAGUGACCAAAGUAUUGUUUCAGAGAGGAUUCAAGACUGUUUUGCUGAAAGGAAGUUUGUGUGUUUCUCUGGGUGUUGCCAAUUCAGAAGUUUCAGAUAUUGCCUUGUUUCGAGAGCAAUAUCCGUGUCUUCUGGAGCCCACGAUCGACUUUGUUCAGCUCAGGGAGAUUUAUGAGAGGAAAAAGUUGAGAAUCCGAUUUUCCAGGUUUUUUCCUCAUUCACCUUUUCAGAAACAACGUUUACGGCGGACGUCUCUGGCGCAGUACAUCAGCUUCCCGUCUUAAAUCGGUAGAUCGGAACGAACGGGCGGAGAAGGCGAAGAAAGUGAACCGACCUGCAAGUCAGUCUAGGAAGCCUUGGCUUUGA